UUCGCGGCCGGGAUUUUUAGUACAGUCGUCAAGUCCAAAUUUUCAGCACUGUUCGUUGCUUGUUUGCCGGAACUUUAGCCAGCCAGCUUGCAUGGCUCAAAUUCUAGCACGCAAUCCAGCAAAAAAACAAGCAAGGGUGAUCAAGCUUAUAGAAUUUUCAGUCGACCCAAGUCUACCGGAUCACCCCACUCGACCGAGCAGUGAAAUAGAGAAAACGGGGACAUAGAGAGGUUAGGUCACAGUGUUUUUUCGUUCCGAAAAGCAUACAACGUAGCUAGUUUUUCAACGACAUCGUGAGUACACGAAAAAUGCCGAUAAAAUAUAUUGGCCGCAAAACCGAUUUUAAGGGGAAAACGUUGUGGGAAAUUUUGGGAAAUUUAAAGAAUUGUGGAGUGGGUAGAAUGAUUUUGCGUAGCCAAUUUCAAAAAUAUCGCGAAGCGUCUUACAUGAGAAUACUGAAAGUAGCCGCACAACCAGACGUUAGCGAACCUGGGCCAGACAAUCUUCGAAAAGUGGUGGCACUCGUCGAAAGGACUUUCCGGGGCACAAAGAAUGUAAAACCAGUUCAAAUAGAUAGUGUAACUUACAAGGGAGAUUACAUCUUGGUACCUAAAGAUCAAGAGACAAGUUAUAUAAAUGCAUCCGAACAACCAACUGUGAAAAUUUGCCCCGAAACAAUGGAACUCCCCCCUCUGUUGAGGGAACUUCUAAUUCAACAAGCAAAACAGGCGGGGAAACCGCUCGUAGACGAACCAAAAAUAAAGAUUCGGUACUGCGUGGGUCCUGUUAAAUUUUACAAAGUCGCGGAAAACCAGUUGUGAAUUCGAUUUGCAAAUUUUUCUCGUUCAAGUGGAUCCAAUGCUUCUGAAACCAAACGGACCGUGUACGCACUGACCCUAGUUUCUCGAUUUAAAACGUGUCCUUCGCUCGUGGAUCAUUUGUUCUGUUCGCAUUAAACUGUCGACGAUGUUUUUUGCAACGAAGCGAAUCAGCAGCAUUGAAGGUAUCGUAUUGGUCAGCGGUCUGCGGCCCAUCUGAAAGUGUAUACCGUUCCAUCUUUGAUGGUUGUGUUGAUAUACUAAACAGACAAUUUUUAAGUGCGUACCUAA